GAUUUUUGACGCAAGGAUCGAUGCAAACAUGUAAACAAACUGGCCCAUUUUGCCGCCAUCGCAAACUCGUCCACAGUAAAGUGCCGAAUUGUGUGUGAAAAAACGCUCAAAAUGAUCCGAAUAUCAGCGCUCAACGAGGAAGAAUCGGACGAAGACAGUAACGUUUCCGAUACCGAGCUAAUAGUUACGAAAGAAGCCGAGGAAACCAUUGCCAUCUCGGAGUAUGUACGUGCGCUGCAGAUGAAAAAGGAGAACCGGCAGCAGGAUGCGUUAGAACUGCUGCUGGAACUGUUGGAUACGCAGGUCAUCAACGAUGUUACGCCCACCCAGGCGGACAACAAGCUGUUCGCGGUCAAGUACAACUGCUUUCGAAACAUUGGGCUGAUCUACGAGGAGCAAGGUAAGGAACAUCUUGCCAUCGAAUUCCUUAUGAAGGCAAUGGAUCUGGACGAAACGGACGUGUACACUAUGUCCCGUUUGGCACACAUGGCCCUCAAGAUCGGCCACCUGCAGAUAGCGAAAAUGUACUUCGAAAAGUGUCUUAAACGCAAUCCGAACCACUGGCCAAGCAUGGAAGGGCUGCUGCGAGUGUUUUGUAGCGCUUCGAACGUGGUCGAAGCGUACGGAUGGGCCAGCCAAUGCCACCGAAAGGACGGUCGCAACAAGCUGUACAUCGACGUGGUGAGAGCAAUCAGGGAACGGUUUAAAUCGACACUGCCAUACCUGGAUACGGUGUUCACCGUGCCACCGUCGUUCGAUUUUUCGGAGGAAGAGAAGCACCGGCCGCUGGCAGCUGCCUUGGAAACGUUCGAUCAGCUGUUCAAACCAUGUCACCAGGCGGAUGAUACGCCAGAUUUCACCGUAAUGCCGGAAACGUUGCGAAAUGUUAUGAAAAUAGAGGAUCUUAGUUUCGAAACGAUCGGCAACGUACUGGUAAAGCUGAACCAGCUGAUGGAGGAACUAGAUUUGCGCUGUGUGUUCAUGGUAGACACGGACGAACUGUUCUGCGAACACCAGAAGGCAACACCGGAACGAAUCGUGGAAGAUGUGCAGAUGUCACCGGACGCAACCGAAUGUAGUGCGGAACAGUCGGCGGCGAAAGACGAUAAUCGCAUGGAAAUUGAAGAGGAGGAAGUGUGUGGUGAAGAAGCGAACGAUGUUUGCGGUGCGGCGGCCAAAAGCAAUGACGAAGCGAAUGGCAAUGGUACGUCUGCUGCUGAUAGUGCUGAUUCUGGAGUUGAUGCGAACGAGCAAGCCAAAAACAAAGCCCGCCGAAGAGGUUCCGAGCUGAAGAUUCUCGAGCAGUGGGGCUGGCAUAAGAACCGACGCUCGACGCGAAAGAAAAGCGUACAGGAAGUGAACGAUCCGGUCGAUGCAACGGUCGAUUCAUUCUUCAAGCAAGCCGUUAAACAACAUCUUUCCGAGGAUUUACAUUUCAAGGACUCUCCAUUUGUGCCGGAAGCAUGUACCGAGGCCCAACCAAGCGAUCAAGCCAAGGGACGGACAGAAUCUGCCGAAGCACAUUCCACCAGCGGAUCCACCGAGCAAUCGCCUACUAUUACGCAGUUGAAUUUUUGCAGUGAAUGUAAUUUGCACAGCUUUGUCUCCGAGAUGAAGGAAAGCAACGUUGAUGUGUAUGCGUUAAUGUACGGAUUUUUGGCGCACGUCUCUAAAUCGUGGGGCGUCGCGAUGAAACCGGAACUACGCUCGCUCUACCUGGAAUUGCAUUCACACUUCACACAGUACACCGAUUACGGCUCGUGGAAUCAACUGCCGGAGGAUCGGCUGGAGGUGAUAUUUCAAAUCACACUGUUUCAUCUCGAGCUUAAGCUGGAUGCCGGUUUGGCGCAGAGCGAUGAGCAAACGCGAAGUGUGUUUGAUCGAUUCGAUGAGGAAGUUUUCCAUCGCUGCCGGUUCUACGUGGACAGCCUACCCAGUCCGCAAACCGUGACGGUGUAUCGCAUUCGAUUGCUGUGGAUUGCUUACAUUCUCGACUGCAGUAUGCAAAAAUUCGACGAAGCUUUAGAUAAUCUCUAUUUGCUUUCCGAGCUGGUAGACGCACCGGGUGGUGCGUGCAUCGAGCUAAACUUUCCAAAUCAGCGAGCCAACACCAGCGUCAGCAAAGGCUCGGUUCGAGAGUUGAUCGGCGAGACGGAACGCAAGCUGCGCAUCGAACGUGUUAAGCGCCACUACGACAGCGGUGAGCAUGAGCCGGUGGUCACAAUACUGAAAGACACACUGCAGUACUACACCUCCGAUGGGAAUCCGGACGAAUCGAUUCUUAGCCUCACCAUUCAAACGCAAAUGUUGCUGGAAUCGCUCUGGAGUAUGGCCGAGAUGGAGGAAUGUUUUCUCUGGUCGGAAAAAUCCUUCACCUACUCCGUGCAACAGUUUAUGACCGCCCCGGUACAGCACGACAGCCGCAAGUCACGCAUGUGGGCAAACAAUGUAAACUUCACGCUGCUCUACAUUGAGUCGAUCAUCAAGCAGGAAGGAGUAGCUAUCAUCGAUAUGCUUGGUAAAAAUCUAUCGCGUCUCAUCCAAUCGCUGCAUCGCUUGCUAACGCACCAGCUGGACCCGAGUGGGGAGAAGAAUUAUACCGCCCCACUUUGCCUGAUCGAAUGCUGGAGAGCUUGGAUUGUGCUGUACUACAUUUUAGAGCGGCAAGACGAUAUGGAUAGUUCGCUUAAGCUGAAUCGCCCGCUGGCCAUUGCCGAUCAAAGUGGGACGUUAGAGUUGGAACCAGAACGUCUUUGCAAUUCGAUUAUGAUGUGCUUCGUUGCCCAUGAGCUGCUGGGAAAGAAAAAUUGGUGCUCGAAAGGUGACAGUGGGCUGCUAUUUCACACGCUCGAUGUCGUUGUGCCCAAGAUUCGUUCCCCAAUGUUGGAACCGUUCCGCGAAACGUUGAACGAGUAUCUCGAGCAGGUAACGUACUGCCUGUACGGCUACCCACAGAAACGGCCCCGGCUCCGACACAUACAGGAUCACUGUGCUGUGCAAGUAGCGCUUACCUGGGAACGAGCGAUUCAGCUGUUCGAUCUGUACCGCCCCGACAGUCUGCCGGAAUUUAACUCAUACAAGCUGGAAUCAAUUUCGACCGAUAUGGAGGCACUGCUGCAGCGCAUUAUUCUGCUGAUACCGCGCGAAAUCAACAUGAUGAAGCUGUCCCGCCCGAUAUCCGAGUUUAUCGAUGGCAAGGGCAACACGUUGCCGGAGCCGGCCAACAUUCUGCAGAGCGAAGUGAAGCCGAUUUUCUAUCUGUUGGCCGAUUUUUACUUUAAAAGUCGUGAUUUUACCCGUGCCAUUCGGUACUACGUAAUGGAUCUGGCCCUGGAACCGUCGCGCUUUGACUCGUGGGCAGGAAUUUCACUGUCCAAAGCAAGCAAGGUUGAGACGAAGCUUAACUCAACUGAAACAAUACCCUUGCAGGAGUUUCUCGAUGAAACGGACAACGGUAUGAAGUGCUUCGAUCAGUGUUUGCAGCUAAACGAAGAAGAUUCGCAGCUGUGGAUCGAGUACGGCUCGUUCGCUUACAACAUUCAUUCGUUCUGCUCGCGUAGCUUAAAGUUGCUCAGCGAUACACUGUCCAUGGAGAGCUUCGCUCUGGUGGAAACGCACAAGGAGCGCUGCCUGGAUAUAGCGUUCACGUGCUUCAACAAGGUGAGUCUUAUCAAGCUGUGCUACAGCACUGCGACCGGUGACGGUAUCGAUGAGCAGCAGCAGCAGCAGCAGCAGCAGCAGCAGCUACAAUCGAACCAAGAGAACGGCCACAAUCACGAGGACGAAGUUUGGCUGCAUCACUACAUGCUCGGUAAGAUAGCGGAGAAAAAGAAGGAACAUCCGGCCGUCUACCUGACGCACUACCUGAAGUCGGCCAAAUAUCUGUACGAAUGCAACGCGACCUACCCGAUCAAGAUCAACCACAGCAGCCCGUCGCAGCUCGCGAUCGAAGCGCUCGAGAUAUUUUACCGCAUCAACGCGGCCAUCAUCAAGUACGUGGAGCAACAUUCGCCGAUAAGCAAAAAAACGUCUCGAUUAUUCUUGCGCACGCUCAAGGAGCUAUCAACCAGCCCGUUUGCGGUGAAUCGUGCCAAGAUAAAUGAAAACAUGCUGAAGCGAAAGAUCUCACCGAACGCCGGUGGUAAUGCAGCCGGCGCGACGGAAGUGGACGUUCCGGUUGAUUCUCCCAAGGUCGCUAAAGCCGGAGAGCAAACUGCGCCGGAAGCUGUCGGACCUGUUCCAGCGCCAUCGGAUGUUGGGGAAGAAUCUACUGUACGCGAGCAACCAGAAUCGGCGGCUACUGUGUCCGUCACCGGUCCUCAGCCACAAGCACCGAACCCGGGAGCGAGUGAUGUUCAGGUGGUGGAAGAGGUUGCAUACGUUCCCUCACCGGCAGCCGGUGCCGCUCCGAUGCCUGCCCGUGCACUGGAACAUCUGCGAGUGGAGGAAAUUAAGCAGCUGGGUGACCUUCAGCAUCCAGCCAUGCGUCGUGGAUCGCAGGAAAGUGCAAUUACAUCCACCACUACGACGACCACCACCACCACCAGCAAUUCCUCGUCCACGUCCAGCGAUUCGUCCGACAGUGAUUCGGAUACGUCCUCCGACUCGGACAGUGACAGUACCUCCACGGACGAUGAGCUCAUUAACCAGCAACCGAUCGACCCAACGCAGCGGGACACCAUCUUCAAGCUGUGCAUUAAAAAUCUGGAAGAGUGCAUAACGCGCUUCCCGGAACACUACAAAUCGAUGUACCGUCUCGUACACCAUUUCAUGCACGCGCCCGGCUCGACAAAAUCUUUCGCGAGUGCACGGCAGCUACUGCUCGGCACGUACCGCACCACGCUCGGUAAUCAAAUUCCGGGACUGUUUACCGAACGCAAGACGACCAAUUUCUUUAACGGUUUGUGGAGAAUUCCGGCGUCGGACAUUGAUCGGCCGGGUAACUUUGCUUCCCACAUUUCAAAGUGCGUGAUCGUGCUGAUGGAAACGUUGAAGGAGUUUGCCGAGUACGACAUUCUGCUCGAUUUGGCACUGCAGCUGCAGCGCACGCCAGAACCGGACAAGAAGUAUUUGAACGAUUACGAGCGCAAAGAGCUGGUCCAGCAGGCGAUACUGUACUGCGUCCAGGUGUACCGGAGCUUGCUCAAGAAGUACACAGACGGUCGCAACGACGCCGAGCUGCUCUCGCUCAUGGUCGACAUGUACAAAGCGUACCGCAAGAUCAUCAAGCACAUGCAGGCGAAGGAGUCGAUGUUUGCGACCGUGCUGGUCGACGCGUACCGGGUGUUUGUCAGCGAUAAGGUGCCGAAACUGCCCGACAACAUUAGCGUGCUCGAUUUAGCCGUCAAGCUGUGCACGUACGAGAUGAACUAUCGCAAAACGCAGGAAAAGCAGCAACAGGCAAGCGCUAGCGCUGGUACAGGAUCGACCUCAGGAACGACCGGGGCAGCAGCAGCAGCUGUGUCCGCCGCAGGUAACGGUGGCAAUGGUUCGAAACAGAUGCUAACCAGCGGUGAGCUGCCGGCAACGAUGAUUGUACCGAUGCAACCGAUAUCGGCGAACUUUAUCCCUGGGCUUACGAAACAAAAUCGGCGCUUGGGUGUGACGAAAGCCACCGCUUCUGCUUCCGCUGCACCACCAACGUCAACGGCCGCAACCACUGAACAGUCCAGCGUUCCGCAGCCUUCCUAUCCUGCCACGCAUCAAUACGCACAAAGCGCGCUGACCAGCAUGAUGAUGUCCGACCUUUCGUCACGCGUCACCAUCACGCCGAUUAUGCUCGAUUCCGUACCAUCCUCGACGACCGGUAGCAACAGUUCGAAUAAAGCAACCACCGCUUCGUCUUCAACGUCCGCCACGACCGUACCAACCGCGGCAGCGAAAUCGAUGCCCUUUUCGCCCGGAACAUCUUCCAGCGAUCUGCUCCUACCACUGCCAUCGGUAACGCCACCAACACCAACGGCUAGCUCGCCGGCAACCGGUGCCGUGAGCUCUUCCACGCUCUACCAACAGUAUCUGAAGCUGUUCAGCCAAAUUCCAAACAUUGCUGCGAUCGGCAACAGUCCCAUGAUGACGGCCGCUUUUACCGAGUAUCUAGCUGCUUUUAAAAUGCAAAGCCAGAAAGCUGCACUUUCUCCGAGCACCGAUCGAAGCACCUCCACACCUUCCCCACUACCUCCCCCGAUGGCGCUGGGCAUGCCGAAAGGUCAGAUGGCCAGUUCCGCCAGUAAAGAUUACAACCCGGUCGGCAGCGGCAGCAGCAGCAGUCAGCAAACCACCGCUCCCACCGCUAGCACCACGCUCGGAGCAAGCAAAAAAGGCUCUUCCGGAACAAAAUCCAUAAACGUUGAGCAACACCAGCAUCAGCUCGCUACCAUUACGCUCACGCCGAUGUCAACACUGACCGGCACUGGUCCACUGCCGACGAAGAAAGAUGCCCGCGUAUCCUCACCCUUCGGAGGCACAGCGCAGCGCGUGGCUUCGCCGUCGCCCAUCCCCACCAUUACACCGUCGGACGGUCCAAUCCCGGCACGGAGCAAAGACCCAGCGGCGGGUGGUCGCAAAGCGAAGGGCAGAAAGGCGGGAGCGGGGCAACAAACGCGCCCGGCACCGUACAGCAGACCCAACGCUAUGAAUCAGCCAAUACCGCAGCUCGGAGUUCCCGGCCUUUCGAUCGAACCCGUGAUGGGUCCGCUGAUGCAACCCGUCGGUACAGGGAAAGCAUCCGGAUCGACAACAAACACCGGCCGUACGGAUAAAUCGCUCGCCGCCGGCCAGUUCGAUGCCAGCGUGCCGAAAGAUUUGAUAGCCUCCUACAUGGAACUGCUGCAAAAGUAUCCCCACAUGGCACGGUCGUGGUUGAUGAGCAUGAAGGGAGGAACUGGCGCGACGGCUCCCACCGUUCCCGGUAUGCCACCCCUGCCAGCAACGGGUGGCCGGAAGCAAUCUGCUAAGCAGUCCGCCAAAGCGACUGCCGCAAUGCAGAACGCGCUGGUGGGAAGCAAUCGUUUCGCUUCCGCGAGUCCCACUGCCGGCAUUCCACGAAUCGGUGCGACCAUAACACCGGUCCCGACGGGUGCCGGCGGGUAUCCACCGACCGACAGCUACAACAGACAAUCGGCGAUGAUCGGUGCUGGGGGUGGUGGUGGUGGUGCCGGUACCUCGUCCACCCCUUCCCCAAUCUCAAUGCAUCCGAUGGGUGUUGGAUCAAACCAGCAACAGGCGAAAACCCUGCAGCAAAAGCUUGCCGAACGCCAGAAAGCGAACAAGGCGCGCGAAAGUGAAGGUGCUGGUGGCGGUGGAUCGGGUCAUCAGGGGGGUGCAGCGGUCAACACCACCACCGCGAAACCAAAACCGCCCGCCGAUGAUCCGAUGGAUGUGAUCGUGCUUGAAUGAUCGUUGCAGCAAGCUUCGCGCAAUCUGGAAAACCGGGUCGCUCUAGAUCUGGGCCAACAUUAAUCGUAGCAAUAGUUGCUUGGUAACUGGCCAAUAAAAACAGAUACUGGAUUUUA